UUGCGGCAAGCGGCAGGGGCGCAGGAGCGGACACCGAGAUAUCGGCGCCUGAGGAGUGUCGAUGUUUUUAUUUCCUGCUAGGAUAUAAUAAUUGUGCACAAAACAGACAAUGGCGGAGAAUAAAUGCAUAAUAACUCAAAUGCCACAUCAUGUGCAACAAAAACUGUGUCAAUCCCGACCGCCUUAUAGGCAAGGAAAAAGGUUGACAGCUAUCAAGGUUUACACAAUUAAUGAUGAAUCACAGCAUUUGCUAAUAUGUGGAGUACCAAAAAUAAAAUUAGACGAAGAAGUAAAGAAACUUGUUUGUCCAUAUGGUGAUGUGAAAGCGAUCCAGUUGGUGACUGAAUAUCCAUCAGGAGAAUUUACAGAAACAUAUCAUGUGCAUUAUGCACGUAUCCAAAGCGCGAGAAUAGCAAAACGAUUUAUUGACAAUAAAAACUUCUUUGGGGGACUUCUACAUGUUUUUUAUGUCCCUGAAUUAGAAACUUUAUCAGAAACAAAAGCAAAGCUUAUCCAACGUCGUAGAGAUGUAGCAACACGGAUAAAACGAAAUCAGGAAGAUUUGACAAAUCCGGAAGUUGAUAAAUUUGUCCCAUCAAACCAGUAUCAUAGGAGAAAGAAAACGCCCGCUUUGCCACUUACUGAGGAACGAGUUAAACAUUGUUAUCCUGGGGAAACGCUUUCCUCUAUUUGUAACGGAAUACCUCAGAAUAUAGAUUCACGAUCUGUAUCUAAGCCCAGUGUGCCCAUAGAGUGGAACAAUGCUGCAUCUGCAUCAGGUUUGUUAUCAGCACCGUAUCAACCGACCGAGGCGGUUAUACAAGCAGGAAGUUCGCAGUCGAAUGGAAAUCUAAAGUCAAAUGUGCGCAAGAGGAAUUACAAAGGACAACGUGUCAGCGAUAAUAUGAAAGUUAAAAUCACCCGGCCACAGCUUAUAGACACCAGAAAUAUAGCAAAAUUAAGCUCUGCUGAAAAAACCAAUGUGUUUUGCAAUGUGAAGAAAGUAAACAGUGGAAUUACAGUCAAGUUACUGGAAAAGUCUGAUGAGACGAAGAAAAUAGUUAUAAAAAAUCCAAAUGUAACCCAUUUAAUACAACCUAGUGAAGAUCUUCGGCAUUCUAUUCAAAUAGCAAAGUUGCAAAUUCGCACGGCGAUGCAAGAAAUGUUAAAAUGAAUACAGAAUAUCUUACAGAAAUUUAUAGAUUAGA